AAAGUCAGCGUGACGGCUCCGGUGGGUGACGUCUCCAUCCGCCUCCCGGCGGCUUAUAAGGAGCAGCCGUGUGCCGGGGGCAGACGCCCGUCAGGCUGCAGGCAGAGGCUGAGGGGACGGGCGGCAGGUGGACCCGAGCGAGUCGUCGGUCUGUCGGUCAGUUGGUCAGUGGGUGGCGAUGCCCCUGGGGAAGAUGAACACCUGCCUGCUGCCCGGGGUGGCCCUCUGCCUCCUGCUGGGGUCUCUGGCGGGGGCCAAGCCGGUGCAGGACGAGGGAGACGCCUACGCCGAGCCGCCGGCCAUGCCCUACUGGCCCUUCUCCACCUCCGACUUCUGGAACUACGUGCAGUACUUCCAGACGCUGGGCGCCUACCCCCAGAUCGAGGACAUGGCCCGCACCUUCUUCGCCCACUUCCCCCUGGGCACCACCCUGGGCUUCCACGUCCCCUACCAGGAAGAGUGAGGCCCCCCGCCGGGUGCCCUGGCCGCCAAUAAACUCCUGA